GGCACAUUCUGUUCGAAAUGUUUUAUAUCGGGUGAAAAUUAAUCAGUUGAAUCAAUUAGCGGUAUUUUUACCGAUGCAUACAUCUGUAUCUUCACAAUAUCUGAGUGCUCAUCUUGCUGAAUCCGAUCCUGAAGUGGAUGCUCUGAUUAGAUCUGAGGCAGCACGGCAACGUGCUUCAAUUGUGCUAAUUCCGUCAGAGAAUUUUACAUCACGUGCAGUACUUGAUGCUUUGGGGUCACCUAUGCAGAAUAAAUAUUCUGAGGGAUAUCCGGGAGAACGGUAUUAUGGGGGUAAUAAAUUUAUUGAUCAGAUGGAGCAGUUAUGUCAGAAAAGGGCUCUUAAAUUAUAUGGUUUAGAUGAAGAAAAAUGGGGAGUUAAUGUUCAGCCAUUGUCGGGGUCUCCGGCAAAUUUGUACGUUUAUAAGGCAUUAAUGAAACCGCAUGAAAAACUGAUGGGAAUGGAUUUACCGGAUGGUGGACAUUUGUCUCAUGGUUAUUCGACUUUAACCAAGAGUAUUUCUGCUGUGUCAGAGUAUUUUACAUCAGUUCCUUAUAAAACGGAUCCAAAAACAGGCAUUAUUGAUUAUGGUCAAUUGGAGAUGCUUGCUGCUGUUGUGAAACCAAAGAUUAUUGUUGCAGGUAUUACUUCGUAUCCAAGGCUUUUGGAUUAUUCUCGUUUUUCUCAAAUAGCCAAGAGUGUUAGCGCAUAUUUGAUGGCAGAUAUGUCUCAUAUUUCCGGCCUUGUUGCAGCAGGUGUUAUUCCAUCUCCGUUUGAGUAUGCAGAUGUUGUUACUUCAACUACCCAUAAAUCUUUACGGGGGCCCCGUGGUGCUAUGAUAUUUUUUCGAAAAGGACUCAAGAGUAUAGAUAAAAAUGGGAAAAAAACAUUUUAUGACAUAGAAGAACGUAUAAACUUUUCUGUUUUCCCAGGUCAUCAAGGAGGGCCUCACAAUCAUACGAUAUCAGCACUUGCUGUUGCUCUUUCUCAAGCAAAUACACCUCAGUUUAAGGAAUAUCAGUUUCAAGUACUUAAGAAUUCAAAAGCUAUGUCACAUAGGUUUAUAGAAUUGGGUUAUGAGCUUGUAACCGGUGGUACUGAUAUACAUUUGAUUGUUUUGGAUUUGACUAAGAAGGGAGUUGAUGGAGCAAGGGUUGAAAGAAUUCUUGAGCUAGUAAACAUCGAUACAAAUAAGAAUACAGUUCCUCAGGAUAAAUCAGCAUUGCAUCCGUGUGGCUUAAGAGUAGGUUCUCCUGCAAUGACUACUCGGGGACUUAAAGAGCCUGAUUUUGUUACAAUUGUCGACUUUAUCCAUCGUGCUAUAAAUAUUACUAUAGAUCUUCAAAACAAGUCAGGAAGUAAACUGUUUAAGGAGUUUAAAGACUAUGUUGGUACUGGUGAAGCGUAUCCUGACUUGUGUUGUUUAAGAGAUGAAGUCGUAUCCUGGGUCUCUAAAUUUUAUAUACCGCAAUAG